AUGGCGCCUUACGACGACUGGAACAAGGACGACGAUGAGGACGAGGAGCUGCAGGACCCAUCCCUCUACGAAAGCAAACGCGACGUGAUUCUCUUCUGCAUCGACUGCUCACCCUCAAUGCUCGAAAUGCGCGAUGACGAGCGCUAUGAGGACGUGCAGACAUGCAACCUCAUGGUCGCACUUGAGGCAGCGAUGCAGAUUCAGAAGAAAAAAGUGCUUGUUGGGCCGAACGAUGCCGUCGGCAUCGUGCUCUUCAAUACGACGAAGAGAAACGAUAACGCUGAUGAUAGCACGGACGUCAAGAAGGGUACAUAUGUGUACCAACCUCUGGCUACUAUCGAUGCACCGAAAGUCAUGGAACUUGUUCAGCUCUUGGAUGAGGCACGAGAGAAACCUGACUUCUUACGGAAGACAUUCCCUCCUAUGACCGACAAGCGGAUAGCUGUUGGUGAUGUGCUCACGAGCUGUAACUGGGUUAUGCGCGAUGGAGCGCCAAAGACGGCCACCAAGCGCAUAUUCUUCAUUACUGAUGAGGAUGACCCCCAUCCUGGACCUAGCGGCCAUCGCUUCAUCACGUCCGCUCGUACGACAUUGAUUGAUCUCAUGCAAACCGGCGUGACCGUGGAACCAUUUUUCAUCGGUACCGAGGACAAACCAUUCGACCCGGCCAAAUUCUACUCGUCGGUCCUGCUCCCGACGAAUCUGACCGACCUGGACGAUAUUAGCGAUGGUGACCCAGGAUCCAUUCUCCCGGAGUCGAUCUCAAUCACCCGAGUGGAGGAACUCCUGGCCCAGAUGCGGUUCCACGAAGUGCCGAAGAGGGCGCUGUUCAGUGUCCCCCUGACCCUUGCGCCGGGUUUCAUGAUCGGCGUAAAAGGGUAUGGACUCAUUACAGAACAGAAGAAGGGCGCAUACAGAUACUUUGCGGACCUUGGGGACAGAAUGGAGCCGGUGACCUCGCGCGCCGCUUACGUGGAUGAGGAUCGAGACGCAGAAGCCGACAAGGCUGAGAUUCUGUAUGGGAUGGACCUCGGUGCGCCCUCGGCAGAGGUGGACGGCGAGGAGGGCCAAGACGCCAAAACGUCCGACGUGGGUACCCGGGCGGUGCAGCUUGGCAGCAGGGUGUUCUACACGGCGGACGAAGUGCGCUCGUUCCGCACGCUUGGGCUGGAGCCAGGGAUCAAGCUGCUAGGGUUCAAGGACCGCAGCGAACUUGCCUUCGAGGACAACGUCAAGCACUCGGUAUUCGUGUAUCCAGAUGAGAUGACUUACUCCGGUAGCAAGCGGACAUUCACCGCGCUGCUGAGGACAAUGAUCAAGAAGGAGAAGAUUGCGAUCGUCCUCGCCCUCAUGCGGCGCAAUGCCUCUCCCGUAUUUUGCGCCGUGCUUCCACAGGCGGAGAAGGUAGACGAGAGCGGCUGGCGAGAGCCACCAGGUUUCCAUCUUAUCCCCCUGCCGUUCGCAGAUGAUAUCCGGGCCGCCUCUCAGCAGAAAGGUUUUCGGGCAUCGACGGAACUGGUGGCGGCCGCCCGCAAGUGGAUCGAGAAGCUCAAGGUGAAGAACGGAUCGUAUCCGCCCGACUCGUACCCGAACCCAGCGCUUGCGUAUCACAAUACGCAGCUCGAGGCCAGUGCGUUCCGCGAAGAUUUCGAUCCAGACGCCUUCGAAGACCUGACGGUGCCGAAACUCGACAUGAUGCACAAGCGCGCAGGCAAGCUGAUCGAGGAAUGGAAGCAGGCGCUCGUAGAGGACGACACGGCCAACAUCGUCGCGGCGCCACCAACGACUGGCCGGAAACGCAAGGCGGAAACCCAGGACGUCGCCGUCGACGAAGCAGAGGUGCGGAGGUUGUAUGACGGGGAACAGCUGCACAAGCUGCGCGUCGAGGAUCUUAAGAACUUCCUCAAGAGCAAGAGCGAGCCCGUCUCGGGCAAGAAGGCGGACCUCGUCGAGCGUGUCGCGGAUUGGCUGGAUGCGCACCCGACGGGGUGAGCAGCGUGACCUUAAUUGCGCGCACACGCCCGGUUCUGGGUGCGCCGUUCCCGCGACCACCGUGGAUGGUGCGGCGGACAACUCAGUUUGACUUCGCUUCCAGAACACAGUGCCGCGCGGUGCCUGGCAACAAUGGCCACGGCGCUGGGCCGUACUGUGUGCCCCGUCCCCCUCCCUCGGGCUGCGGGAAGUCUCUCGGUGCCGG